UUUAUUCAAUUUUUAUGAUUAUUAAAAAAAAAAUUAUAAAAUUAACUAUAUUCGCGAAAUUUGGCGUGAAAUCAGAAGAGAAUCGACCGAAUAUGGCAAAUGUUGUAUUAACCAUCAUACUUUGCGUAGUCCUUCCUCGUUGUCGUUGAAAAUGGGUAUUUCUAGAGACCAUUGGCAUAAGCGUCGAAAGACUGGUGGAAAACGCAAACCUAUUCGAAAGAAGAGGAAGUUUGAGCUUGGUCGACCAUCAGCAAACACAAAGAUUGGAGUGAGUAGAAUUCACACUGUUAGAACAAGAGGAGGGAAUAAAAAGUAUCGUGCAUUAAGGCUUGACCAUGGAAAUUUUGCAUGGGCAUCUGAGCAUUGCACUCGCAAGACUAGAAUAAUUGAUACUGUUUAUAAUGCAAGUAACAAUGAAUUAGUGCGUACCAAAACAUUAGUUAAGAAUGCAAUUGUACUGAUUGAUGCUACUCCCUUCCGACAAUGGUAUGAAGCUCAUUAUGCACUUCCACUUGGAAGGAAGAAGGGAGCCAAAUUGACAGAGGCUGAAGAAGCAGUUCUAAAUAAGAAACGAAGUAAAAAGACUGAGAAGAAAUAUAAAGAACGUCAGAAAAUUGCUAAAGUUGAACCUGCUCUCGAAGAUCAGUUUAUGACUGGACGAAUGCUUGGUGAGAAAAUAUUGUAACUUUGUUAUAAAACU